UCCUCUCGCGAAACAUAUGGCAGCAUCAUUACCUCCAACCCUUGAUGGCUGGGAGCGGAUUCGCGGGCCGUACGAUGUUGUGCGCCGGCCUGAUCGAGGCACUGCCACCAAGAUCCGAACAGAGGAGGCGAGAUCACAGGAGGCAUCACCACUCUUCACAUUGCCUGCGGAGCUAAGAAGUCUCAUCUUCGAGCAUCUGGUGGGCGCUGGAGUCGUUCAUCUACGCGAGCGAGAGUGCGGGAAGCAUGAGAGUUGGACCACGAUCAGACGAUACAAGGAGUUCAAGCGGACCAGCGAUGAUGCAUCUCAGUUUCGCUUUGUGGACCGUCCGGCCAAGCUUAGCUACGCUACUUGUCAGAAGCCUCAAGAUUGGCAAGUCCGCUAUGCCUUGAGCCAGCGCGCAGCCACGAUCCCCAAGGAGUGCUUCGACCGGAACGGAUACCUGCUAGACUUCACCUCAGACCAAGUGCUGAGGAACUACACGAGGAGUCACGAUCAACGUAUCAACUGGAAUCAGUUGAAGUAA